AUGGGGGAGCUGCACCGCUCUGACUCUGCGCUCACUGCCCUGGACGAGGAGAGGCUGUGGGAGAUGCUGGAGGCGCAGCGGCAGCGGCUGGUGUGCAGCGUGUCCCCAAGCCGCCUGACCCCCUACCUGAGGCAGGCGCGGGUGCUGGGCCAGCUGGACGAGGAGGAGGUGCUGUACAGCCCGCAGCUCACCAACACGGCCAUGCGCGUGGGACACCUGCUAGACUUGCUGAAAGCCCGAGGGAAGAAUGGGGCCAUCGCCUUCCUGGAGAGCCUCAAGUUCCACAACCCAGACAUCUACACGCUGCUCACGGGGCUGCAGCCGGACGUGGACCGCAGUGACUUCAGCGGGCUCAUGGAGACGUCGAAGCUGACCGAGUGCCUGGCGGGUGCCAUCAGCAGCCUGCAAGAGGAGCUGGGCCAGGAGAAGGCGCAGAAGGAGGCUCUGCGGGCACAGUGCCGGCGGCUGCAAGAGCGUGCGGACCUGGCGGACGCCCGGGCGCAGGGCCUGGGCCAGCUGGAGGCCGAGCACGCUCGCACGAAGCGCGAGCUCAGCGCCCACUUCCACGAGGUGCUGCAGCUCAAGGACCAGCUGCUCAGCCUCUCCCUGCAGCACAGCCACGCGCUGCGCGAGAAGGAGCUGGCGGGCUCGCGCUGCCGUCGCCUGCAGGAGGAGCUGUACACGGCGCAACAGGAGCUGCAGCGAGAGAGGCUGUCGUCCAGCUGCGAGCGGGAGUUCCGAGAGCAAGAGCGGGAACGAAGGCGCAGCCUGCAGCUGGAUGGGGAUGAGCUGCCGGCCCUCACCUUCCGCCUGGCGGAGAGGGACAUCCUGGAGCAGAGCCUGGACGAGGCGCUGGAGAGCAAACAGGAGCUGGUGGAGCGCCUCCACUCUUUGAGGGUGCGCGCCGUGGCUGCCGAGACGCAAAGCAAGCAGUGCUGGGAGGAGAAGGAGCAGGCCCUGCUGCAGUUUCGGAAGGUGCAGGUGGACUGUGAGAUCUACCGUGGGCAGGCGAGCGCACUACAGGGCCAGGUGGCCGAGCUGCGGAAGGAGCGAGACCAGGCCUACUGUGCCAGGGACGGUGCCCAGCAGGAGAUCUCGCAGAAGCUGACGGAGAAGGACGCGCUGCGCAGGCGUGUGUGUGAGCUGACCCAGGAGCUCUGUGAGCUGCGCCAGGAGCUGCGGAGGCUGAGGGCUGGGACCCUGCAGGGGCCUUCCCAGGAGCAAGGGGGCAGAGAAUCAGGCCCCAGGGGGAAGCUGAGGCUUGUUCGUAGGUUUGCCCUGUGCCCACGGGAUGAGAACGGGGACAGCGACGGGGGGGUCCUUGUGUCCACACUGUCCCCUUCUCAGCUCUGGUCCGACUUGAGUGCCACAGCCAGCCACGAACUGGUGUCCAGCUUCCGCUCCAGCAGCCCCCUGCCUCCCAGCCAGCUGUCCCUAUGCAGACGCGGGGCCGACUUCUGGGAGGAGCCCUGGGCCUGCGGCAACUUUCUGGAGGUGUUGGAGGCCGACCUGGCUGGCUCCCCAGGACCAAAGGGGGUUGCAGAUGUGGGUUACAAGAUCGUGGAUGGGGCAGGUGAGUUGCCCCAGGCUCCACUACCCACGGGCUCAACCAGACUCUGGGUCUCCUGGGCACUUCCUGUCCAUAGGCUGCAACCCAGCAGGCUCAGAUGCAGAGAUCUGUGCGGGCCAAUGGCUGGGAACAGCGUGGGCUGGGACAAGCAGAACAUUCCGGAGCAUGACCACCUGCAGCCGCCCUCCAGCCUCAACGGCCCAGCCAGCCCCGUGCAGGUGCGCCGGCGGCCAGCCCGCAAGGCCCCGGGGCAACCCACAGUGCUGGCCUUCCAGGGCCGUUCUCUGCUGGAGCAGGUGAGCAUUGUCGGGGGGAACCUCACCGGCAUCUUCAUCCACCGGGUCACGCCAGGCUCUGCCGCUGACCAGAUGUCCCUGCGCCCAGGCACCCAGAUCCUGAUGGUGGAGAGCGAGGCCGAGGCACCUGUGUUCAAGGCUGCCCUGGAUGACACGACACUGGAGCAGGCCCUGCGCCUCCUGGGGAUGGUGUCGGGCUUCUGCCGCUUGUCUGUGAGGCGCAACCUUGAUGGAUACAGGAAGCUGGUGCAAGACCUGGAGGCCCGGCUGGUGACCUCAGGGGACUCGUUCUACAUCAGGGCCAACCUGACCAUAGAGGAGCAGGCAUCCGGAUCACUUGCUGUAUGCUGUAAUGACGUCCUGCAUGUCACAGACACCGUAUUCCAGGGCCGUGCCUGCUGGCAUGCCACCCGUGUGGGUCCCUACAGCACCCAGGGCUUGGAGAAUGGCACCAUCCCCAACUAUGCCUGGGCCCAGCAACUGCUCCUCGCCCUGAUUCAGGACCUGGCAAAGCAGAGCGGAAAUGCUCGCAAGUCUCCCAGGGGACCCCAGAAGUUGAUCCGCAUCAUCAGCACAGACAGGGCCGAGAGGAGGCCGCCAUGCUUGUCCUCUGAAGGGGACCAGUGGGACCCAAGCAGGGUGGAAGAGGCCCCUGCCGCUGGGCGCUUCUGGGCCCCAAGCAGCUUCUCCCUGGCGCCCUACACCCUGGUUCGCCCCCACUGGCCCCGCCGACCCCGCCCACUGCUCCUGGUUCCCCGGCUGCUGGGCAGGAUCCUGGGAGAGAAGCUGGGGCAGCUCCAGGGCUUCCGAAGGUGCCUCCCAGAGCACCUGAGCCAUGAGGAGUUCGAGGCCUUGAGGCAGCGCGGGGAUGUGGUCAUGGAGAGGGGGACAGCCGGCAGCCACAAGUGGCUCACCAGGCGGGCCAUGGAGACCCUCAUGGAGCAGAACCUGCACCCGGUCUUGGAGGCAGGUGUCGCCAGCGUGCGCGCCCUGCAGGGCAUGGACAUCUUCCCCAUCGUUGUCCACAUCCCCACCAGUGACAAGGCUGCCAGGAAGCUGAGGAAGGCCCUGCAGAGGCUCGGCAGCUCCGAGGAGCAGCUCCUGGACACAGGCCGGCAGGAGGAGGCUGAGCUGGAUGCAGCGCCCUGCCUGCCCAGCACGCUGGCUCCCGACAGCUGGAGUGACCUCGAUGCGCUGCUGGGCUGUGUUCGCCAGGCGGUGGCUGAGGAACAGAGGAAGGUCGUGUGGGUGGAGCAGGCCCUGCUGAUGCCCGGUGGCCCCUGUGGACACCCAGUGUCUCCCACUGACGCCCAGAGCCCCCCCUCCUAG